AUGGAUUUAGGCAAGAAAGAACAAAUAUUGCAACAAAUUCUAGACCCUCGUGCAGAUGCAGCACCGAACAUUUUAGCCGAGCUGGGUCUGUAUGGUUUGCCUUCACGAGAUGAAGUUCAUAGGGAGAUUGAAGAGAAGUUGUUGUUACCAAAGGAUCAUCUCCCUGAUCACUGGUUACCGACUUACCAAAUACACUGGGACCACGAACUCUCCGUGCCCUCCUUGCUCUCGCUCGAACCAUCUCCCCCUCCGACGGGACUUGCGUUCGUCUCGAAUCCAAGAAUAUCCACGGGACUUACCUCCACCUCGCUUGAUCGUGCGCCAGGUCCCAGUAGUAGCUUUGUAAGAGGCAAAGCGGGAUACGUUCCGUUCUGGCCAGGAGGACUAGACGAUGUGCGGACAGAAGCCGGUGCCAUUCACAACCUUAACGAACAAUCCAAAGGUCUCAGAACUAUCGCUCCAGGAUUCAGUCGUGGGCUGCGAUUGCCCGGUGACGAUGCCGAAGUGCAUGAUCUUGACGAGAUUGAGAAUAUUUUAGAGCAUAGAAGGGCCCCACAGCAAGAGCCAUGUGGACCGCAAUAUGAACAUAAUGAAAAGGCCAAUCUUACCGCAGCAGCGAUGAAUGGUGUUUCUGAUGUGGAUGAUUUGCUUCCAACAUCCUACCCCUUCGAGCUUGACACGUUCCAGAAGGAAGCUGUCUACCAUCUUGAGAUGGGCGAUUCUGUCUUCGUUGCCGCGCAUACAUCUGCCGGUAAGACUGUAGUUGCAGAAUAUGCCAUUGCACUAGCAGGAAAACACAUGACGAGAGCUAUCUAUACGUCUCCCAUCAAGGCACUGUCGAAUCAAAAGUAUCGUGAUUUUAAACAAACGUUUUCGACAUCUUCGGUGGGAAUAUUAACUGGAGAUGUGCAAAUAAAUCCUGAAGCGAACUGUCUAAUCAUGACAACGGAGAUCUUGCGUAGCAUGCUGUACAAGGGUGCCGACCUCAUCCGCGAUGUCGAAUUUGUCAUCUUUGACGAAGUGCACUACGUGAACGAUGCGGAGAGAGGAGUAGUAUGGGAGGAGGUAAUAAUCAUGCUGCCUGAUCACGUUAAUAUCAUCCUGUUGUCUGCAACCGUUCCCAACACAAAGGAAUUUGCUGACUGGGUUGGGCGUACCAAGAAAAAGGACAUAUAUGUUAUCUCGACAGCUAAACGACCUGUUCCUUUGGAGCACUAUCUAUACGCUGGACGAGAUUUACACAAGGUUGUCGAUGCAAACAGAUCGUUUCUAACGCAGGGGUAUAAGGAUGCAGCUGAGGCUCUUCGUCGGAAGCAAGACAAAGAACGCGAGGCUGCCGGAUUGCCACCAGUACAGCGGCUUGGCGCUCGCGCUGCUGCACCUCAAAGGGGACAACGAGGUGGACCAGCUGGCCGUGGCGGUCAGCGCGGUAGUGCACCGGCUCGUGGGGCUCCUGUUGCAAGGGGCGGGUCGGCUCGUACGUUCCACCAGCCUGACAAGAAUCUCUAUGUCCAUCUACUGGGAAACCUCCGAAAAAAAUCCUUGUUGCCUGUAGUGGUCUUCACUCUGUCAAAGAAACGAUGUGAAGAGAAUGCAAGCACUCUCACCAAUGCCGACCUGUGCACUUCGGUGGAAAAAAGAAUACACCACGGCGGACUGCUCCCCAUAGUAAAAGAGGUUGUAGAGAUCCUCUUCGCGCGCGGAUUAGUCAAAGUUCUAUUUGCCACUGAAACUUUCGCUAUGGGCGUGAAUAUGCCUGCAAAAUGUGUCGUCUUCUCUGGUAUACGCAAACAUGACGGCCGGAGUUUCAGAGAUAUCUUGGCUGGAGAAUAUACUCAGAUGGCAGGCCGUGCAGGUCGACGUGGAUUGGAUUCCACUGGUACGGUUGUUAUAGUUGCCAAUGACGAUGUCCCAGAACAAGGAGCACUACAGAAUAUGAUUCUUGGAACCCCCUCGAAAUUGCAAUCUCAAUUCCGCUUGACGUAUAACAUGAUACUUAAUCUAUUGCGCGUGGAAGCUCUGCGAGUAGAGGAAAUGAUCAAGCGUAGCUUCUCUGAGAAUAGAUCACAGAAACUGUUGCCUGAUCAGCAGAAGAAAGUCGUCGAGAGCGAGAAAACCUUAUCAACGCUGCCCAAACUCGAGUGCGAUAUAUGUUCACCAGAUAUCAACCACUUCUAUGACGUAUCGUAUGAAAUUGUGGACAUCAAUCAACAAUUGUUAGGGAUGGCUGCGGGGCAUUCUCAAGGUUCCAAGUUGCUCUCAGCCGGAAGGGUAGUCGUUUUGCGAGAUGGACAUUUCAGAUGGAAUUUGGCUGUCAUGCUCAAGAGUGCAGGUGUCUUCGAUGGGGUGAAAAUGUACUACGUUCUUGCCCUGGUAGAUUCGGAAACAAAGAGCGGACAACAUGACGUUGAUAUUCACAGCAUAUCACCACGAUGGCCUCCUAAACCUGCGUCACUCAUCGUGGACGAAGCUACGUAUGAAUUUUGCUCAGUGCCAUUCGCAAGCAUUACGAUGGUCUCGGCAAAUAUAAUCAAGAUCGAUGUCGAUUUUAUCGUGUCUGGCCAUCGAAUUUCAUACAUGAAUGAUGCAAUUCAAUCAUUGUCCGCAGUGUUGGCACAGUGGUUACAGUCCGACGACAUACCUGAAGUGGACUGGAGUAGAAUUCGCUCCCUUGAAUUUCAAGAUAAUUUACGACGACGUAGUGGGCUUAUGGACCGGCUGGCAAGCUGCAGCUGCACUCUUUGCGAGGACUUCGAAGACCAUUAUGCUAUUGUUCACGGCGAAAAGGCUCUACGUACUAACAUAGCGGAACUCAAACGAGCGAUCUCGGAUCAGAACCUGGAACUCAUUCCAGAUUACGAACAGCGUAUAGCCGUCCUCAAGGAGCUGAGAUUCAUUGAUGAAAAUUCGACUGUGUUGUUAAAAGGGCGUGUUGCCUGCGAGAUAAAUUCCGCGAACGAGCUCGUAUUGACAGAACUCAUACUCGAGAAUACCCUUGCUACGUUCGAGCCUGAAGAAGUCGUGGCACUAUUAUCUUGCUUCGUCUUUCAGGAAAAGACCGACAUCGAGCCUGUCAUUCCUCCCAAGCUGGAAGAAGGUCGAGAUGCUAUUGUCGCCAUUGCCGAACGCGUCGGAAGUAUACAAGACUACCAUAAAGUUCCUGGAGAGACAUUCCGCGGACUCAAAUUUGGUCUCAUGGAAGUAGUGUACGAAUGGGCUAAGGGAAUGAUUACCGAAUUGACGGAUGUCGCAGAAGGAACCAUUGUUCGUGUCAUUACCCGCCUUGACGAGACUUGCAGAGAAGUGAGAGACGCUGCUCGCGUAAUUGGCGACGCCGAGUUAUUCAAGAAAAUGGAGGAGUCGCAAAUUAAAAUCAAGAGGGACAUCGUAUUCGCCGCAAGUCUGUAUUUCUGA